UCCUUGCUAGCUUGCUGCUGGUGUAGAGUUUAGCUAGGGGAGAGAAACUGUGGGAGAAUGUAGAAGACGUUUGACAUAAAAGAAGUAAAGUUUAGGAUUGAUAAACAUCUGACAACGUGGAAGAAAGAAACUGAACAGGUAUCACCAGCAACUUGGCAACAUCUCUUCUCUCCCCUGGCUCUCCAGUGUGUAAGGCGGCGCCCAAUAUAUCAUAUGUUAAAGUCACCCAGUGCCUCUCUACCUGAUAGAUCAUUAUUUCCCCCUGCAUGUUCAUCAGUGCUAAAACUUAACACCAGCAGGACAGAAGAAACGCAAGUUAAGUGAUUUCUUUCAACAUUUUGAGCAAAGUCAGAUACACUGCAGCUACCAAAGUUACCUAUUACUACUGUAUUAAGUUUUUUGCUCCCAAAAUCCAAGCUUCUCAUAAGUCCAAACCUCAAAACUGUCAUCAUUCAUCAGCAUUACUCAGUUCUCUCAUCAGGUCAGUCCAUAUUAGAAAGUUGUUAAACACUACUUUGCACCAUUAUGGCCUCCAUCACCAAGUCAUCUGAGCCCGAGAUCCCAGACAACCACAAAGAAAGCUGGCUGGCGCUACUUUCUGCUGCGGAAACGUAUUGCCAAAAGUCUGGCUGUGACCUGGCCAUACUUACAGCGUGUAAGAAGUUCCGGUCAUCGGCUGGAGGCGGAGAUGGGAUGAGGAAACGGGAGAGCAGCAGUGCCUUUCCUAAGGAGUGUGAUUUCUCCUACAAUGUAUGGGGUCAGGGGUUUCUGGCCGAGUCAGCGCGCCGCUACAUGGACGACAUUGGUGUGCUGCACUCCACGACCAUGCUAACAGCCCAAAAGCACACACGCCAGGCGGGGGGAGAGGGAGGAACCAAGCUGGUGGUUGACCUGACCUCUGACCCCGGACACAGGGGGAACUUUCCAGGAGACGGCGGGGUGGGCGGAGUCAGUCCGAACAACAGACUGUAUUCCCAAAGCUAUCCGUCAAUCUACAGCUCAGGAGCUGUGACCGGGCAGGACGGCGGGCAGAACGACAAUGGAGAGAGGGAACGGGAGAAGUGUGUGCUGGAGGCCGAGCAGGGGAGACAGAGGUCUGGGAUUGUGGAUUUGGAAGAAGAGUGUGAGGACGAGGAGGAAGAGGAGGAGGACAUGGAUGAGAGGAGACCAUAUGGGAAUGAAAGUGCUGGUGUCUUCUCCAUGGACGAGGACUCUCUGUCUCGGGAUUGCGAGCCGUUCUUUGAGUCCGACGGGGAAGAGGAGAGCACUGAUGGCUCUUUGAGUGAGGAUGCUCCGCCUCCGACGCGCGGCAUGGCUAUGGGUCAGGCUGCGUACUCGUUCCGUCACGCCAACCCCAUGGCUCUGGCCCGCUCACUGCCCGUAUCUGUGCCUGUGUGGGGCUGCAGAGGAAACCGAGCUCAAGGAGACCACAACAGUGGAGAACGGGUGGGCUGUGCUGACCUGGAGCACAUUGCUGCCAGUAUGAAGGCCCUGCUGGCCCCCGGAGCCAAUGAUGGGACGGAAAUGUUUGGAGCCCUGCCUCGGCCCCGUCUCAACACGGGGGACUUCUCCCUCAAGCACUAAGAGAGAGUGAAUCUAGUGAGAAGAAAGAGAAAGGGGUAGAUGGAGAGAAUCAGAGUGAUCAAGGUCGUCAUGACAGGCGGAGAUGGGUUGGCAGGCAGAUGUGACAUGCAGUAUGUCAAACAAUGUAAAAGCUAGUACCUCCAUUUAUUUCUCACUAACCAAAUUCAAACGGCACAUGCUUUGAGGAAAACAUAAAUGUUGUUUUGAACACUAAUAACAUUUUCAACACUAUACUCCCCCCCCCCCCCCCCCCCCCCUUCCCACCUCGUCACUCCACAUGUCACAAUACCAGCUACUACACAUCCCACAACACUACAUUAGGAUUGGACCUCAAGACUUGUGUGUAGUGCCCCACUGCAAUGGACAACUGGGAUACUGAAUGUGUAUGGUAGUCUAACUGGCACGGCUAAUUGUUAUGCACCUUGUGUGCUGAUAAUGGUUUUUGGGAAUGUUGCCCUUUGGUUAAAUUACCUGAGAAGUGAUGAGAGUUUGGAGAGCAGCCAUCUGUGCCUGGUUGAUCGAUGAUGGCUACAUGCUACAUGCUAACACCCUAGCAGACAACAUUCUGAGUUAUAUCUGCAUUAUUUUAAUUAGUAGUAGCUUUAAAGCUAAAUGCUAUGUUACCUUAAAGCGAUUGUUCAGAUUGUUUUGAAGUAUUGUUUUAGGUGCUCAUCUGUUGUCAGUGUGUUAUUUACAGCCCCCAGUUUGCAGAAACGGAGAGGAGUACCAGCACAGGAGCAAAGGCAUGUCCUGCUGUGGACGGGGGCAGCAGCAAAAACUUAAUCUAGCCACCUAAAAAGAAAAAUCAAUAUCAGUUUAAGUGUCCGCUAUAAUUAGAACAUUUGUUCCGCUUUACCUUGCUGUCAGACAGCCCUUUACUCUUCAAAGCCACCAGACUCCAUUGACAAAAACAGUUUUUUUACUUUGCAGAACAUGGGGGUUGCUGGUCCUCCACUGCCUUUGUGUUAUUGUGUGACUAUGGUUAAUUCAGAUUCACCAAGUCACACAAGAACACAAACAAACUAACCGAUUGAGGCAACAGUAGAGCAGAGACGUCUGUGUUCUGCUAGGUAAGGUUACUGUCAAAGGAGUCUGAUAGCUUUAAAGGGCUGGAAAAGGCCGUCUGACAGCAAGGUAAAGCGGUGGAAAUACUUAAAUUGUAGUGUACCCUUUUUUUAAGUGGUCCUUUUUUUUAGGUGGCUAAAAUAUGUUUAGCUGCUGCCCCCGUCCACAGCAGUACAUUACUUUACUUCCGUGCUGCUACUCCUUUUUUUUACUCUCUUAAGCCUGUGGGUGAAGUUUGGAGAUAGAUCUGGGAGGUUGUUAACUUAGCUUAGCAUAGACUGGAAGCAGAGAAAAACAGCUUGCCUGGCUCUCUCUGAAGUUCAAAAGUACACCUGCCAACAACUCUGAAGCUCACUAAUUAACUUGUUGCAUCAUUUUUCAGUACAGAAGCAGGAAUGUCACAUACAAGUGACGUCCUGUAAUUUUCUUGACAAACAGCAGUUUAUGCAUCCACCCAGCGUCUCCGGCUACAUGCUGCAUUCACAUAAUGUUGACAAACUUGCUUUUGCCAAGUUAAAUACUUUGAGCAAUUGAACAAGUGAAAUUGGAUACAAAUAAACUGUAUAGCUGCUCUUUGAAAUUAAGUAAAUUGACAGAUUAGUGUCACUUUUACAAAUAAACAACUUGUUAAUUAGUGAGCUUUAAAAGUAUUGACAGGAGUAUUUCUGAGCGUCAGAGAGAGCCAGGCAUCCCGUCUUUAAGCUAAGCGAAGCUAACUUUCUCCCAGCCUAGCUCUAGCUAAUGGACCUGCUGCAUUUAGCACAGUAUACGCUGAAGUUUAGCAUGAAGCACAAGAGCCAGUGAUCUCCCAGGACCUCAUGGAUGUUUUCCCUGCAUUCUGCUAUCUUUAUAGGGUAAGUUGACCAACUGGCGAGUUGUUGACGUUGUCCACCCCCCCCAAAAAACACCAAUCUAUUUCUUUUUAAAGGGGUAGAAACCAGAAAACUGGUUGUCUUUAACAUGAAGCUUGUGGCUUUUCAAAAUAUGAGCGGAGGACACCAGCACCUCCUCAUAACAUGCCUAUUUGUACUUUUACUUUUGCCAAUGAAUGACUGACUGAUAGAAUGAUUGUAAAUCAUUAUUGAGUUUUAGUUUUUUUUUUUUUUUUUUUUUGCUCCAGAUAUCUUGUUGAAAUGACUGAAUGAAUGAGAAAGUGUGUGUGUGUGUAUGUGUGUGUGUGUGAGAGAGAGAUGGGUGGAUUUGAAGGAACAAAUGUCCAUCUCUGACAUUUCAAAAACAAAUAAACGUUCCGUUAAGUACUUUUAUGUUUCAAAUAAAGGAGCAACACCAAGAGAAA